AAACAAAAACCUUUUUACAAAAUAAUGACAGUGUCAUGUGCUGUUACAUUUCAUGUUUAUAUUCUUACUUUACUUUUUAUUAAAUAUGAAGUUAUGUUUUAGUACAGUUAUUAUACAGAACGCCGGUGUGUACGAAAUUAACAGUGACGAUAUUGCAAUGAUUUUUUAUUUGACCGUAGAAAACACGUUCGAAUGUAAAGUUCAUGUAACUGUUUGCAGUCUAAAAUGCAUUGAAGGAGACCCAUAUUCCGAAACAGCAGACCAUAUGUACGUAAUUGGAGGAGAUAUGGGUAUAAUAAAUGGGAAAGGUGUAAAAAACGCCACACUUAUUUACCCAAAUUUGUACUUACGAAACAGAGUUGGAAAAUGUUUAAUGUCGGUAAAUUACCAAACUGAACAAACAUCCGAACAAAUUAUUAAAGAAAUAUAUUUUAACACUAACGAGAUUUACAAAAAAGGGGGAGGUUCUUCAUUUGAUAAAUGUUCGACUUGUGAUCUCACGGCUGAAAGUUGUCUCCCUGUCGACUGUGUUAUUAAAUACUCUUCUAGAAGAAGUUAUUUCAAUCGCGAGCGCAAAAUUUGUCAGUCGGUUCCUGAAUGUCCCCCAAAUACUAUCUAUGUCCCCAAAAGUAAUAUUUGUAGGAAGUUACACGAACCGGUGUGCGAGUCUGAUCUUGAAAUGAUUGAGGAUGGUUACAUUGAAAGAUGCCACAGUAUUUCGAAUAUCGUAAAUUACAAAUGUUACCAUGGGACUAUGGAUAAUGGAACGGGGGAAUGUGUUUGUGAUGAUGGAUGGGUUACUGCAACAUGCGCCGAAGGGGCGUAUCAUCCCACGCUAAAUCUUUAUCAUAUGUGCAAUGUGGAGUUCAAUUCUUGGCAAAGGGCUAAUAGAGAAAAGUUAGUAAUGACGAUUUUAGUUUUAGUGAUUUUGGCUAUUGCCCUCGCCGCUAAAAUGUUACUAGCGGUAUGUCUUUUGAACUGGUGCUGCCACUUUAUCAGAUCUAAAAGUAAAAGUUACCUCAAUGAUGAGUUCUGUGGAUCUGAACAAUGCCACUACAGUUAUUGCGGAGACGAAGAAUGUCUUGUCGAAGUUCCAAACGAUAAAUCUUCAAGAACGAUAAGAGUGUCUUUUUCAAAUAUCAGCUCGGCUGAAGACACAGAUGCCACUGCGGAUGACGACAAAACUCACUCAGAAAAUACGAGUCAUGCAACUAUCAAUCUUUGUCGCUGCGCGAGAUAGAAAAAUGACAAAUAAAACAUUAUU